UUCAAGCUCAAAUUUUCCGAUCACUUUCUCUCAUUGUUAACAUAUGCCUCUGCAGAUAUCAAAUGCUUAUCUAAAGUUUCUGAAAGGCCCCGGGAUAAGGAUAUUAUUUGAGUUUGUCAAAGAAGUUCCUAAACACGCAACUAUAUUGAACACUGACAUAGCGUCCUUGCUUGGUCCACUUUUCUUCACUUGGGUUGUUCUUCUUUUGUUCCCUGUGAUCUUGACAUCAUUGGUGUAUGAGAAACAAGAACGUCUAAGAAUUAUAAUGAAAAUGCAUGGCUUAAGCGAUGGUCCGUACGUAUUGGUUGAUUUCAUAUGCCUAUUUUCUAACUAUAUCCGUGUUGUAUGUCGCUUCUUUGGUGAUCUUCGGAUCAGUAAUAGGACUCAAGUACUUUCGGCUCAAUACCUAUAGCAUCCAGUUCGUUUUCUAUUUUAUCUACUUGAAUCUACAAAUCGCUCUUUCCUUUCUUGUUUCUUCAAUAUUCUCAAAGGUUAAGACUGUUACAGUCGUUGCUUACAUAAUUGUGUACGGUAGUGGGCUCUUGGGAAGCUUUCUCUUCCAAAAGAUGCUUGAAACUCAGUCAUUUCCGGAGGAAUGGAUUGUUGCCUUGGAAUUGUAUCCUGGGUUUUCUCUAUACCGGGGGUUGUAUGAGUUCUCACAAUAUGCCUCCAGGGGAAGUGGGAUGAAGUGGCAAGAUAUCAGUGAUAGUGGAAUGGGUGAAGUUUUAUGCAUCAUGUCGAUAGAGUGGUUUCUGGCUCUCAUCAUAGCCUUCUAUAUUGAUCAAGUUUUCUCAUCUGGGAAGCACCCUUUCUUUUUCUUGAACCCUUCCAAGAAGUCUUCUUCUAUACCAAGUAAGCCUACCGUGCAGAGGAUGGAUUCUAAAAAAGUCUCCAUAGACAUGGGGAAAAUAGAUGUCAGUCAGGAGAGGGAAAAGGUGCAACAAUUGAGAAAUGAAGGUAGCGCAGGGCACGCCAUCUUGUGUGACAACUUGAAAAAAGUGUAUCCAGGUAGAGAUGGUAACCCUCCAAAAAUGGCAGUAAGAGGGUUAUAUCUCGACGUUCCUUCAGGAGAAUGCUUCGGCAUGCUUGGACCUAAUGGCGCUGGAAAAACAUCCUUCAUCAGUAUGAUGACAGGGCUACUCAAACCUUCAUCUGGAACAGCAUUGGUUCAGGGUUUGGACAUAUGCAAGGAUAUGAACAAAGUAUACACUAGCAUGGGCGUUUGCCCACAACACGACUUGCUUUGGGAGACACUAACAGGGAGAGAACAUCUUCUCUUCUACGGGCGACUCAAGAACUUUAAGGGCUCUGCUCUAACGCAUGCCGUGGAAGAAUCUCUAAAGAGUGUAAGCCUUUUCGACGGAGGAGUUGGCGACAAACCUGCUGGAAAUUACAGUGGAGGUAUGAAAAGGCGGCUUAGUGUCGCUAUAUCACUUAUUGGGAACCCCAAGGUAGUUUAUUUGGAUGAGCCAAGCACAGGACUUGAUCCAGCCUCGAGGAAGAACUUAUGGGAUGUGAUUCAGCGUGCAAAACAAAACACAGCAAUUAUCCUCACAACUCACUCGAUGGAAGAAGCAGAGUUUCUAUGCGAUCGAUUGGGAAUAUUCGUAGACGGGGCCUUGCAAUGCAUAGGAAACUCCAAGGAACUAAAGAGCAGAUACGGUGGAUCGUAUGUGUUCACGAUGACAACAUCUUCAGAACAUGAGGAAGAUGUUGAGAGAUUGGUAUCAACUGUGUCUCCCAACGCCAAGAAAGUAUAUCAUCUCGCUGGUACACAGAAGUUCGAGCUCCCAAAGAACGAAGUUAGGAUUGCUGAGGUGUUUAGGGCUGUAGAAAAGGCUAAAUCCAACUUCACAGUCUUUGCUUGGGGACUUGCCGACACAACUCUCGAAGAUGUCUUCAUCAAAGUCGCUAAAUCUGCUCAAGCCUUCAUUUCCUUGUCUUGAUGAAGCCUGAUUUUUCAAGUUAGGGUUUCUAUUUUUUUGAGUCAAAGAUGUGUCUUCGGGCGCACGCAACCAACUUCCUAAUACUUCUCAUGCAAUUUGUAUAUACUAUUAGCUGUACACGUUUUUUACAUAGAAGCUUCAGCCUAUGUUGAGAUGUCCCAUAAUUAUUCGUUGUUACAUACUCUCUAUGUAUUACAAAUUAAUAUGAACAUGAAAUAUUUGCUUAUGCC